AUGAUGGAACCUUCGGCCUCCACCUCUGCGACGCCCGCUCCCGCCGCUCCCACCUUUGCCGCGACCUCAUCUCCAGGCGCUGGAGGCAACGGACAUAACUCGGCCACAGCCCCUGGGACUGCGAUGCUACGCCAGCUCUCGAAUCAAUUUAAAUCGCAAAUUUCGCAGGUGCAGAUGCCCCCAGCCAUUAAAGAGCGCACAGACGAACUAGAGCGCCGCAUCUCGGCCACAGACAUCGCGCGCAUCAAUGGCUACAUGCGACUGGUCAAUAUCGUGUUCGCUAGCGGUCUAUGGGUUACGUGCUUCCUUCGCAUGUUUCAAGCACCCAGCUACUCGCAUUUCCUCGUCUGUAUCUACAUAAUGUUUCUAAGUGCAGGGCUGGUGUUUAUCGAAAACCAUGAGCGUUUUCCGUCUGUUGCGGACCGUAUUAAGGCCAAUUUCGGCUUCAUGUUUUCAGCCAUUGGCAAGGCAUCUUACAUUCUAUGUAUCGCGUUCCUUGCCGUCUCGCAAGGCUGGAUCGGCUGGAUUCUUGGAAUGAGCUUCUUCUUUUUGGCUCUUUUCAAUUUCUUCCUUAUCCACCGACACCCGGCGUACAAACAGGCUAUGCUGCAGUCAACGGGCGGUAGCGCUAUAAGUGCUCAACAGGAGGAGGCAGACCUUGAGUCCAUGCCUGAACUCCGCUACAAUCAAAAGCAGGCGCAAGUGCCCGCAGUUGGAACGUCGAGUGCUUCCGGUGCUCAACCGUCUCAUGUUUCGGUGUGA